AUGGCAGUUCCUGUUAUCAAAGUUUACAUGUGGCGUGCUCAAGUUCGAGAGAUUCGUCACAGCAACAUAAUUACUCAAUUUUUACCAGCUACAGGUGGUGAACAAGUUUGGUCAGUCCGUCUGUGGUCUCCACACCUUGCACAUCGUGCUAACGAGCGUGCCGUUGUAGUCAAGACGAAAGAGGCGAUGUUUGAGCAAAUGCUGGUGGCGAUGAUUCUGGCGGCAGCAUCGGUACCCUUGACAGCACCGGUACCGUUACCCUUGGCGGCAGCACUGGUACCCCUAGCGGCGGCACACGCCACCCACCCGAAACCCUCUUUCAUCUCUACCACUGCCAAGUUAGCUUUCCCGGAUGUGAACAUACCGCCCGCUGUCUACGCGCAUCCAUCAUCAGAUCUACCUGAUUUCCUUCAUCCCACGAAAGAGUACCUCCCGCCACAGGUAGUACAGGAGACCAGCACACCGGAAGUCGCCCGACCGAUUCCAAUCGUCAGCAUAGAUGUUCCUUGUCGCUGCAGCGAUUGCUUCUUCUCGGUACAAGUGAAUCCCUGCGUCUGCGAGAGGGAUGUCGACUGUGGGGCGCCGAUUCCUGUGAGAGGGUCGUUCCUCCAGGGUUAAAGUACCUUGCGACCACCACCUUCAUAGCUUUUAUGUAUUAGACCUUUCAGACCAGUUGGCAUGAGAUACCUGGAGCUUUGCAAUUACUUUAUUCACUCUCGUGUUCAUGAGGAUAUCCUCAUAUUGCACCCAAUAUUUGCCAGUGCAGGCUA